AUGGCUCCCAAGGCGAAGUUGCUUCUCUUCCACCUUGCCCUACUCCAUGGCCUCCUCCACACACUGAUUUCCGAAGCAGCGAACGAAACCGACGCUCUGGCACUGCUUCAACUCAAAGCAAGUCUCACCGGCGACCCGCUUCAAAUCACAUCUUCCUGGAAUUCCUCCACCCACUUCUGCCAAUGGCGAGGAAUCCUCUGCGGCCGGAAGCACCAGAGAGUCACUGUACUCAACUUGCAGUCCCUUCAACUCUCCGGCACUUUAUCUCCCUACAUCGGAAACCUAACCUUCCUCCGCCGCCUCUAUCUCUUCAACAACACCCUCGCCGGAACAAUCCCCAGCGAAAUCGGCCGCCUCCGCCGUCUCGAGGAGCUCUACCUCACGAACAACUCCUUCUCCGGCGAAAUCCCUCCAUCCAUCUCCCGGUGCUCGAACCUCGUCGCUUUCGACGCCGGGUACAACCGCUUGGAAGGAAAUCUCCCGCCGGAAAUUGGGUCACUGUCCAAUCUCCGAAUCUUCUCCGUUCGCCGGAACUCUCUGGCCGGUGCGAUUCCGCCUUCGUACGGGAAUCUGUCGAGUCUUCGGGAGUUCAGGGCAGGGAGCAACGAUUUUUCCGGGAGGAUUCCAGACGAAUUAGGUCAAUUGAAGAGCCUGGAGACUUUACAUUUGACUAUCAAUUCGCUUUCAGGGGAAAUUCCUGAUUCAAUCUUCAACCUCUCGUCGUUGACAUUGCUGGCGUUAGGAGCCAAUCUGUUUUCAGGAAGUCUCCCCUGGAAUUUGGGGAUCUCUCUCCCCAAUCUCCAGAGUUUCGACGUUGCAUCCAACCGGCUGACCGGUUCGAUUCCAGGUUCGUUUUCCAAUGCUUCGAAUCUGGAGCUCGUCCAGCUACAGACCAACGGCUUCACCGGCGAAGUCCCCAGUUUUGGGAACUCCCCAUUUCUGUUCCGUUUGUCCAUGGCGGGUAACUCGCUGGGAAAUGGGGGAAACAGUAGUGAUGAUGGUGAUUUGAGGUUUCUGUCAUCACUGGUUAAUGCUACUAGUUUGGAUGCAUUGAGGUUCGACCAGAACAACUUUGGAGGGAGAUUGCCAGGAGUGAUUGGGAAUUUAUCGGUCAUGCUUCGGAUUCUUCAUGUGGGGUAUAAUCAAAUCAGUGGUGAAGUUCCAGAUGGGAUACAGAAUCUUGUUGGAUUGCAGAGGUUUGGAGCUUCUGACAGCAAUUUCUCAGGAAAAAUUCCAUCUUUCUGGGGGAAGCUUCCUAAUCUAGAAUGGCUGCUGUUGGGGUUCAAUCGGUUUAGUGGUCAGAUCCCAGUUUCAAUCGGGAACUUGACCAGGUUGAUCGUGCUUGAUUUGUCAAGAAACGAUUUGGAAGGAGAGAUUCCUGCAGUUCUAUCAAACUGCCAAUCUCUGACCACAUUGGAUCUUUCUAACAGCAAUCUCACUGGCAGGAUUCCUCCAGGGCUGAUGACGAUUUCGUCGUUAUCGGAUUUUCUCGAUCUUGGUGGCAACAGAUUGAUAGGUGAGAUUCCUGGUGAGGUGGGGAAUUUGAGAAACUUGGGUAGUCUUGGACUGUACUCAAACAUGUUGUCAGGAGAGAUUCCUAGCAGCCUGGGGAGUUGUGUCAGGAUGGAGCUUUUGUAUUUGCAGGACAAUCUCCUGAAAGGAUCCAUUCCUUCAUCUCUAAACGAGCUCAAAGGUCUCCGAGAAUUCAAUGUUUCGCGGAACAAUUUGUCUGGUGAGGUUCCAGUUUUCUUUCAGAGCUUCAGCUCACUGCAACUUCUGAACCUUUCUUACAACAGUUUCCAGGGUGAAGUACCAACUGAAGGUGUUUUCAGAAAUGCAAGUGCAAUUUCAGUAACUGGGAAUAAUAACGACAAGCUUUGUGGGGGGAUUCCAGAACUCUUUCUCCCCAGAUGCAGCUUCGAACAACCCAGAAAAGGCUCGAGCAGGAAAUCAAAGAUCAUAAUAAUCACAGUAGUCGUCGCUUCUGGUCUCGUUGCUUUACUGGUUUCUUGUAGCUUACUCCUCCUCUUUGCAAGAAGGAGAAGGAAACAACAACAUCAAGAAACAGAAAAUCCUGCAGAUGACUUGCACUGGAAGGUAUCCUAUCAAAGUCUCUCAAAAGCUACAGAUGGUUUCUCCACUGCCAACCUGAUUGGUGCGGGAAGCUUUGGUUCGGUGUACAAGGGGAUUCUCCAUGAAAGUGGAGCAGUUAUAGCCGUGAAGGUGUUCAAUCUUGCGAGGCAGGGAGCUUCCAAGAGCUUUCUGGACGAAUGCGAGGCAUUGAAGAGCAUCAGACACAGAAAUCUGGUGAAGAUACUGACUGCUUGUUCAGGGAUUGAUUAUCUCAGAAACGAGUUCAAGGCACUGGUGUAUGAGUUCUUGGAGAAUGGGAAUUUGGAGGAAUGGCUGCAUCCAACGGACCUUGCGAAUGAUGAGAAAGAUGAUGGUGGGAGAUCAUUGAAGUUGUUUCAGAGGGUGGAUGUGGCAAUUGAUGUAGCUUCAGCACUGGAGUAUCUGCAUCAUGACUGCGAGACGCCCAUUGUUCACUGUGAUGUGAAGCCAAGCAAUGUGCUUCUGGAUGGUGACAUGGUGGGACACCUUGGUGACUUUGGAUUGGCAAAGCUUGUUUCAGGAACUGUGGGCUAUUCUGCCAGCUCCAUUGGAGUUAGAGGAACUGUUGGCUAUGCACCUCCAGAGUAUGGAAUGGGGAGUAAAGUGUCGACAGAAGGAGAUGUAUACAGCUACGGAAUCCUCUUGCUGGAGAUGUUUACCGGAAAGAGACCAACAACUGAUGUGUUCACAGAGGGUUUGAAUCUUCGGGACUUCGUCAGAAGAUCACUGCAUGGAAAUUUGAUCGACAUUCUGGAUCCUGUUCUGCUCCCACGAGUUUUCAAAAAUGGCGAAGCCAGCAUUAGCAGCUCGGAGGAAACCAGCAGCAGCAACAACCUGAUACCUGAGGAGUCUCUCGUCUCCAUUCUCAAAAUCGGUGUCACUUGUUCUUCAGAUUCGCCACAUGAGAGGAUUAGUAUGAGUGAAGUAUUAGCAAGGCUUGUUUCUGUAAGGAACUUCUUCCUAAUUGCUGCUACAUCAGGGAUUCUGAGUAACGAGACGGAUCGCAUGGCAUUGCUGGAGUUCAAGGCCAUGAUUUCUGGGGACCCUUUGGGAGUCUUGAGCUCGUGGAAUGAUUCGACUUACUUGUGUCAGUGGCAUGGUGUUACUUGCUCCACAAGACACCAGCGAGUCGCAGUUCUAAACCUGCAGUCUCGGCAGCUCUCUGGCUCCAUUUCGGAACACAUUGGCAAUCUCAGCUUUCUGGUAGAGCUGAAUCUCAUCAACAACAGCUUCAGUAAUGGGAUCCCGCCUGAAAUUGGCCGCCUUCACAGAAUGCAGCGUCUGUUGGUCUUCAAUAACUCUUUAAGCGGCGUGAUUCCAUCCACCAUCUCGGGAUGCUCGGCUCUCACUGUAUUUCAUGCAGCAAACAACAAGCUGGCGGGAGAGUUGCCAAUGCAAAUUGGCAACUUGAAAAAGCUCCAACAGCUUAUUGUGCCUGUCAACGGUCUAACGGGAAGCAUCCCUCCCUCUUUUGGCAACUUGUCAUCUCUUCAAAGAUUUGUACUAGGAAACAACCGCUUCAGUGGAAUCGUACCUGAUGCUCUUGGGCGAUUGAAAAGCCUUCGUGUUCUUCUGAGAAGCUUAGAUGUGGCUUUUAACCAUUUCACUGGCACCGUUCCAGCUUCCUUAUCAAAUGCAUCCAAUUUGGUUUUCCUUCAACUGCAAGUCAACAAUUUUACAGGUGCCAACAAAAUAUCAGGAAACCUUCCAAGUGGAAUACAAAACCUUGUCAGCUUGCAGAGGUUCGAGGCAUCUUAUAACAAUCUCUCAGGUACAAUUCCUUCCGCCAUCUGGAACAUUCGAACUUUAGAGUGGUUGGAUUUAGCUAGCAAUAGCAUCUCGGGAUCUGUUCCGCAGUCUAUUGGAAACCUGACCAGAUUAAAUAGACUGAGGUUGGCAAGAAACCAGCUACAGGGAGAAAUUCCUGCAGCUAUUGAAAAUUGCAAAGAUUUAAUAGCUUUGGACCUUUCCGACAACAAUCUUAGUGGUGUCAUCCCCCCACAAAUCAUGCGUCUUUCUUCCUUGUCACUUCUCUUAAACUUGUCUCAUAAUCAGUUUACUGGCAUCCUUCCCUAUGAAGUGGGAAGCCUCACCAACUUAGAAACUUUGGAUCUAUCUCAUAACAUGUUAUCAGGCAACAUACCAGGUAGUCUAGGCAGUUGUGUCAGACUGGAGUUGCUGAACUUGCAAAACAAUCUCAUGCAGGGGGCUAUCCCUUCUUCUUUAAGUUCGGUCAGAGGUGUUCGGAUAUUAGAUAUAUCAGGGAACAACUUAUCUGGGCAAAUUCCAAAAUUUUUGGAGGACUUCACCCAGCUCCAACUUCUAAACAUGUCCAGUAACAAUUUUGAGGGUCAAGUGCCAGAAGGCGGAGUUUUCAAGAGUGCCAGUGUGGUUUCAAUUACAGGGAACAACAAGCUUUGUGGGGGUAUUGCUGAACUUCAUCUUCCAGCAUGCCAAUUUAACCAGCCGGGAAGGAGAUUGAGCCGUAAAUGGAAGAUUCUCAUAUCAACAAUCUCUAGUCUUCUUUUUGUGUCCUUCACGGCAACUUGCUUGCUUCUUUGUCUAAUGAGGAAGAGAAGAAAAGAGCAUGUAGAUUCUUCCACAAGUGAUCCACCCUUGCAACCAUCUUAUCAAAGGCUCCACAAAGCAACAAAUGGCUUUUCCUCGGCAAACUUGAUUGGCAUAGGAAGCUUUGGUUCUGUAUACAAGGGAGUCAUGGAUGAAAAUGGAGCAACUGUUGCUAUAAAAGUGUUCAAGCUUGAGCGCCGGGGAGCUUCUAAGAGUUUCAUUGCAGAAUGUGAAGCUCUGAGAAAUAUCAGACACAGGAAUUUGGUGAAGAUAGUAACAGCCUGCUCAAGCGUGGAUUAUCAUGGGAAUGAUUUCAAAGCUCUCAUAUAUGAGUUCUUUGCUAAUGGUAGCCUAGAAGAAUGGCUCCAUCAUCCAGUGCAGAGAACUGGCCACCUUCCAAGAAGCUUGGAUUUCCUCCAGAGACUAAACGUCGCGAUCGAUGUAGCUUCAGCACUUGAUUAUCUCCAACACCAAUGCCAAACGCCCAUAGUUCAUUGCGAUCUCAAGCCGAGCAAUGUUCUUCUUGAUGAUGACAUGACAGGACAUGUGGGUGAUUUCGGGCUAGCAAGAUUCCUUUCAUCACUUGACAAACGCUCCUUUGAAGGGCGGACUAGCUCGGUUGGAGUGAGGGGAACUGUUGGCUAUGCUCCUCCAGGUAAACAUUUCUGA